GACUUACUCACUCAGGGUUGAGUCACUUCUCACACAGCGUCUAACACACAGCACAGGUUAAAAUGUGAUGUGAGAAGUCAAACUGGCAGAGGAGUGGAAUCUGACCGCCCGUCUCGAGUGCAGCACUACCACCUCACACCAUGGAGCCAGAGGGCUGCAUGUACUGUGCAUUAGGUUGCUACGGACCACACAGUGCCAGUGUUAGAGCACGACUCUGAAACACCUCCUCAUCCUCAUCCUCCUGCCUCAGCCUGAAUACACCUGUCACCAUGAUUUGGAAAUUGAUUCAUUUUAGUGUUCUCCUCCUCGGAGCACUCACAUCCCCGACUCCAUCUUCGCCCACCACCACCGCUAACACUGACGGAGGACCCUGUCACAUCGACAACUCCGGCCGCUCCGCAGACUGUCUGGGAAGACAGCUCGACAGUGUCCCGUGGAGACAAUUUCCAUCCACACUGGAGAACGUAGAUCUCUCCUACAAUAAACUUCAAGCUGUUCACGCUGACGACUUCCUCCGCCUCCCUCGGCUUCGUAUUCUUAAGCUGCAGUACAAUAACAUUUUACACAUUGACAUUGAUGCCUUUAAAAACAACACGCUGCUCGAGCAUCUUAACAUCUUCAAUAACUCCCUGCAGGAAAUUCCUGCCACUGCUCUGACUCCUCUUUUGAAUCUGAAAGAGCUCUACAUGUCCAAUAACCUUUACAGACAUGCCACUUUGGAUGAGAGCUUCUCCAGAUUUGGCAAACUCCAGGUUCUGUCUAUGGGGGGCCCUCUGGUGGCGGGUCUGAGGAAAGCUGAUUUUCAGGCCCUGAAGAACAUCCAGUUACAAGGCUUUGCUAUCAAAUGUUCCUCCAAUCUGAGUUAUUAUGAGCCCGGAAGUUUAAAGGUCAUCCAGACAAAGCAGAUAGGCUUUGAUAUGGCCAUAGAUCAACGGCCAAACGCUCUCCCUCACAUGCUACGUGACCUCGCCAGCAAGACCUUUAGCGUCAUCCAGUUCCGCAACCUCUUUGAGUUCAUGUACUACAUGGGAAAAGAGGACAUUUUCCAGGGUUUAAAAGACAUCACAGCCUAUCAGCUCAUCUUUCACAGAGGAAAAUACAAUGAGAAUCUCAUGAGGAUGGCUUUAGUGAACUUACAAGUCGCCCCCAUCAAAAGGUUGAGACUUCAGUACAUCGACUUCGCCCGUUCACCCACAUUUGUUGAUAGCGGAGCAGGUUCCAGCGUCACAGAGCUCGCACUGGAUAAGUUGGAUCUUUGGUAUAUCAGCAAUCCUGAUGUGCUGAGAUUCGACUGGCGCUUCACCUGGUUCAACAAGAUUAAGGAACUGUCUAUUCAGCAUGUCUACUUCAACUCGGUGCCUUGUGAUGCCUGGGUGGAGAUGGCAGGUGUAGAGUCUGUAGAUGUCUCCAACAACCGGCUACAGAACGAGUACAUCUUCAACCAGCGGUGCAAUUACAGGGGCGCCAUGCCAAAUCUUCACACCUUCAAAAUGAGCACCAAUGACUUGACCAGCUUAAAAGACUUGUCGUCUCUAACUAGGGAGUUCCAGCAGCUGCAGGUGUUGGAUUUUAGCAACAACAAACUGGGAUCUGCUGAAACUAGUCAGGGCUGCGUUUGGCAGAAAAAUAUCACUCGGCUCAUCGCUCACCACAAUGAGUUUGUAAGUGUAGCCCUGCGUUGUCUGCCCACCACAGUGCACUACCUGGACCUGUCCUACUGCAACCUGGACCAGCUGGACAUGACGUACUUUGAGAAAGCCACCAACCUGAAGGAGCUCCUGCUGAGUGGGAAUAAAAUCAAGUUCAUCCCAUCUAAGUGGACGAGUCCAUCCCUGCAGUCACUGGCUUUGGAUGGGAAUUCAUUUGGUCUGAUUAGCAAAGCUUCCUUCCAGGACAUGCCUCAGCUGUCCCACCUGAUGGCAGGGAACAAUCCCUACCACUGCACUUGUGAGCUCCAUGCUUUCGUCGAGGACACGAUCUCAAAGGGGAAGGUGAACCUCACAGACUGGCCUCAGAACUACAGGUGUUACCACCCAGAGGCCCUGCUCAACACUGUCGUAUCCAAAUUCCUCCCAGGUCAGGUGGCGUGUGAUAUCAGACUGGUGAUCAUCAUCUGUGUCGCAACCACCGCAGCUGUGAUCUUGAUACUGAUGCUGAUUUGCUAUAUUUUUGACCUCCCGUGGUACACUAAAGCCACCUAUCAGAUCAUCAGGGCCAAGUACAGAGCUCACAAGGAGAAGGCGGCAGGGGAACUGGGGGCUUUUGCUUAUCAUGCCUUCAUAUCCUACAGCCACUGUGAUGCAGACUGGGUGAGGGACCAGCUCCUGCCCUGUUUGGAGAACAACAGGAACCCCUAUCGUCUGUGUAUUCAUGAGAGGGACUUCAUGCCAGGAAGGUGGAUCAUCGAUAACAUCAUUGAAAACAUUGAAAACAGUCGAAAGGUAAUAUUUGUCCUCUCCCGGCACUUCGUUAACAGCGAGUGGUGCAACUAUGAGCUGUACUUUGCUCAGCAGAGAGCGAUGGGAAAGACCUUCAGUGACGUCAUCCUCGUGGUGAAGGAGCCCAUUGAUCCCAGCUCUUUGCCCAAUAAGUACUGCAAGCUCAAGAAGAUGCUGAGCACCAAGACGUACCUGGAGUGGCCCCAGCAGGCCAACCAGCAGGCGUUUUUCUGGGAGCAGCUGAGAAGUGUCCUGGGCAAGCCUGCAGCGACCCAAAGGGGGAGGUUCAGUGUGAAGAGCAGAACCUCAUCUGUGGGAGGUGUUUCUGUGAUUGGGCCCCCUGUGGAGGACAGCAGGCCAGAGGUGGGGGACACUAAUGCAGACAAAGAAGCAGCACUCGAGAACAAAAUCAUUAAGAGGGAUAACGAUGAGCUGUUGAACCAGAGACAAAUCCCUAUGGUGGCAUUUUGACCAAAAGGUUAGGAAAAAAAAGAUCCAUUUCUUCAGUAUUGCCUCAAAGUAUGAACUCAGUUAACCUUUUGUGUGUGGGUUAUGCCAAAGCUGGGAGCAAAAGCCAGCGUCUCAUUAUGAUGACAAAACACGAUCCCCCGCCUGCCUGUGGCAUUCUGUCAUGUUAUCCCCAAAGGGGCGAGCUGAUGCCCUCUGCUCCGCUCUCCCUCUGAGCGUCUCAGGCUGGGUGCCCAGCUGACAGCCGCUGAAAGGCCAGAAACUCAACGGCUCAAAUGAGAUCUCCCAUGUUGCACUCUGGAUAACAAGCGAGGUGCCAGGAAGAUGUGGUGACAAGGGCCACAUUGUGAAAGGGCCGUGCUCUGUUACACGCUCGGCCCUCAGAGAUAUCAGAUCAUAAGUGUUCCAACUCUGAUGUUCCAGAACCGAGUCAAAGGCCACACGGGAUAUACGAUACCAACACUUCACAGGAAUACAAUGUGUUUGGGGAAUUGGAAAGAUAAAAUCUAAAUCAACAGCGAACUUUGGAUUCAGCACUCCAAGCUAGCUCUUGAGUAUUCACACUUUUUCUUUUUCUUUUAUUUAACCAGAAGGGUCCUACUGAGGAACAACAUCUCUUCUGCCAGCGAGUCCUGGUCAAGAUGGGCAGCAAAUAAAAAGCUUCAAAUACAAUUCAAUUUCAAUUUUCAAUUUCAAUUUUAUUUAUAAAGCCCAAUAUCACAAAUCACAAUACGUGCAAUAGAUGUCGUACAGAACAGAUCACCAUGAUAAAUUAACAGUAAUCCAUAUGACACAAUGAGAGAGAGAGAGAGAGAGAGAGAGAGAGAGAGAGACCAAAGAACAAACAUACAAAACACAGCAGACACAAAACAUACAGGAAUCAAGGGCUUUAACAGGAAUCAUGGAAAACGGUGAUGCUUGAUCAAAGCAAUGAUUUUGUUCCUUAAAAAAAUUGUUUUAAAUUAUUUUUAAGCAUGUCAAAAAAGGGUAAAGAUUCUAAGUCAAGUAUGUCCAGUGGCUCAUUUAAGCGUGCAUGGUGUGAAAAGGGCCUUCAUUUUAUAGUUGUAGUUUACUGAUGUAUGAACAGAGGUUACAUAAAACCAGAGUGACCGUCCUCUACUGACCAAUCAGACUGCAGGGUUUCUAGCUCCACCUUUUAGUACCAGAUCUGUGUGCUAGGUACCCCAACAGAGGGGGGACCAAACAUGGGGACGCUAAGGAACGCUUCUGUUGGGACCAUCCACAACUUUUCACUGUGUGUGGACAGAAGCAGUGCGUACCAUACUGAACUGAACUGGGGGACUUAAGUGAUAGCUAGUUGAUACAAUAGCAACAGUUAAAGGGACAGUUCACCCCUAAAUCAAAACUACAUAUUUGAACUACAUACUUUGACCUGUAGUGCUGUUUAUCAGUCUGGAUAGUUUUGGUGUGAGUUGCCGAGUGUUGAGAUAUCAGCCGCAGAGAUGUCUGCCUUCUCUCCGAUAUAAUGAAAUCAGAUGGCACUCCAAAAAUUACAUUUAAAAAACUUCAGUGUCUCUCUCCAAAAAUCAUGACCUGGUUGUUCAAAAUAAUCCACAGAACUUUUCGUGAGCAGUGAGAUUUUUCUCUCUACCAAACUACACCUGCCAACUGUAUCACCGCACUCAUGGAAGCAUGCAUCUGCUCAUGGACGAGAGGUUCAUGCUCGUGAGGCAGCGUGGGAUGUGAACAUUACAUCUCACUGGAAAGACACGUUGCUGUUGAGGUUUUCAAAUGUAUCUUUUUGGAGCUUUGAGCAGCACAAGCCGAGCGCCAUCUGAUUCCAUUAUACUAGAGAGAAAGGAGGACUCGAGGUACAGUAUCUCCAACACUCUGCAGCGAACACCAGAACUAUCUGAGGUGAUAAACAGCACUGCAGGUGAGAGGAAAGUUCUAUAUUUUUGAUUCUGGGGGAACUGUUCCUUUAAGCAUACAAGUGAUAGUCUAUAAAACAGAAAAAAGGAAGUUAUGAGCCAGUUGGCGUUCAAAGGCUGAUCCAGUGGCUCUCUGUAGGUCUGCUAAUGUUUCAGGCUGGCUGCCUCUGUGUUUGACUGUAUUUACAUGUACAGAUACAUAAACCAUUAUUUGACUGCUGUCAGUUAUCUUUCUUCACUUGUUCUGACUGAGCUGUUUGUGUUCAACCUGUGAGGUCACUGUUUUAUUAGGAGGUCAGCAGCAGCUCCGUUGUGUUGCUUUGCUUUAGUGAUGACUUUGAGCUGAGCUCACAUGUGCCAUGAUGUUUACUGUGGCUUGAAAACAUUUGAAAAAAAAAAAAAAAAACAGUUUUGUGUAACAAUUUAAAAACUUUUCAUGUCUUGAGUUGAGUUUACAGAUAAAGCCAUUUGUAAGGUUUGCAGAUGGCCAGUAGAUGACACCAUUGAACUUUUUAUUUUCUUGUUGAUGUCCCACAGAGACAGACAGAGAUGUGACAUGUAAUAAAUGCAUUUCCUGAAUAUAAGGCAUGCUGGCAUGAAACACAUUAAAUCAGUUCUUUAAAGUAUUAAACGUAAUCGUGUGCAGAAUCAAACAUGCAAAACAGACCUGUUUAUUCUUUAUGCAGACUCCUUGUACUCUGUGCUUCUGUAUUCUCUGCUCAUGUUUUCACAUUUAAAAUACAGCAUGUGCCUCAGUUUCAUAACCUGUAAAAAGCUGGACAUUUAUCAUUCUUGUAUAGAUGUAUUUGUGUGUAAUCAAAUAA